AGAGAAACCACAAAGCUGAACUUCUGGCUACGUGUAUGCAAUUUUAAAUCUAAGAGCUGCUUCUGUUCCUCAGAUUCCUUGUCUUUCGGUGGAGUCUUUGCUUCCUUCCAGUCCUGCAGGAGUUUUUUUUUUCCCCUCACAAAAUUCAAAUCGGCCUUUAAACUUAAGGUGCUGGGAUUAAAGACGUGCACCACCACCGCCCGGCCAAACCAGUCUUCUCUUCCUUUGAAGUCCUGAGCUUGUCCGACGUCUGUAAGUUUUUGCCCUGAGCAACUGCAUUGUAACAUUCCAGGAGGUUAUACUUCGUCCUACGGGGAUGCUCCUCCACCCGGGUUCAGCGGGGCACUGAAAAGGGUGGAGAGACUGGAGUUGUUGAAUAUCUGGAGUGUUCUUCUACGUAGCCCCACCUUCCUCGGUGAAGACUCCGAAGUCAUGUCUACAGGACCUUUUCUAUCUGCAAGUGAAGAGAGAAGUUCUGUUUCAGCACCCAGUUUUAGAUCAAAACAAAGGAAGAUGUUACACCUACUUUUGGAGAGAAACACUUCUUUUACCAUCCGUUCAGAUUUCCCUGAAUCUCCGGGAGACAAACUCCAUGACUCGGCAAACCUAAGCAUUCUGUCAGGAGGAACCCCAAAAUGUUGCCUUGACCUUUCAAAUCUUAGCAAUGGAGAGAUGUCUGCUUCUCAGCGUACUACUUCUGCUGACCUUGAAGAGAAUGGUUCUUUGGAUUCGUCAGGACCUCAGGAUGUACAGUUAGCUGGCAAGGAUUUUCACCAGGACAUUAUGAAAGGCAUCCCAGUACAGCUUCUUUGUAGUACCCCAAAUGCUUUGGAUCGUGGCCACAGAAAGAAGGAUGUGAAGUGUAGCACAUCUGCACAUAAAGAAAACAUAAACACCAGUUUACAGGCACUGGAAUGGGAGGCACCUAGGACCCCAAGGUUUCAGAAAACGCAUGGAGGUCCUUUGGCUUCUCCUCUCUGUGAGCUGGAAAAUGGAAUCUUGGUGGAGAGUGAAAUGAAGUAUCUGGGCAGUCCUAUUACUACAGUUCCAAAACUGAGUCAAAAUCUAAAGCUAGAAGACCAAGAAGGGACUUCAGAAGACCCAAUGGAGUGUUCCCUGGAAGACCAAAAUACCAAGGGCUUAAGUCUAAAGAAGAUUGUCCCUCUCGCUGACAUGGCUACCAUUCAGAUGGAGGAGGAAGAUUCUGACUCAGAGCAUCUGAUUGGUGAUUUCUCAAAGGUGUGUGUGCUGCCAACGGUGCCAGGGAAACACCGGGAUCUGAAGUAUAUCAGCCCAGACACAGUGGCUGCUUUGCUGUCUGGAAAGUUCCAGAGUGUGAUCGAGAGGUUUUAUGUCAUUGAUUGCCGCUAUCCAUAUGAGUACCUGGGAGGACACAUCCUGGGAGCCUUAAACCUGUACAGUCAGAAGGAACUACAUGAGUUCUUUCUGAAGAAGCCUGUUGUCCCUCUGGACACCCAGAAAAGAGUCAUCAUUGUGUUCCUCUGUGAAUUCUCCUCAGAGAGAGGCCCCCGAAUGUGCCGUUCUCUGAGAAAAAAAGAUAGGGCUCUGAACCAGUAUCCGGCAUUAUACUACCCCGAGCUGUAUAUCCUCAAAGGGGGCUACAGAGAUUUCUUUCCAGAAUAUAUGGAGCUGUGUGAACCGCAGAGCUACUGUCCUAUGCUUCACCAGGACCACCAGGCUGAGCUGCUGAGCUGGCGAAGCCAGAGCAAAGCCCAGGAAGGGGAGCGGCAGCUGCAGGAACAGAUUGCCCUUCUGGUCAAGGAUGUGAGCCCACAAUAGGGACUAUAAUAGUGGCAGUGAAGACACUACAGACCCUGAACAGGAGGAGUCAUCUUCCAUGUCGCUAACCCCAUUUUUGUGUCUGCAAACACGGGCUUAGCCAGGCAUGCUACAAACGCCUUUAGUCCUCCCAGUACUAAGGAGGCAAAGGCAGGAGGAUCUUUGCGUUUGGAGCCAGUCUGGUCUACAUGUGACUCUGUCUCAAAAACAAAACAAACAAGACCCAUUAAACAAAAAUCUCUAGGUGUCUAUAA